UACCUAUCCAUGAUCUUCCAUUAAUGAAGCAAAAAAGGUCAAGAGUAACACUCUGUUUAGGUGUAACCGCUUUAUGAUGGUCACUUGAAUCCUCCCUGCCUAUCUUAAAUUAACAAGCCUUCCAAACGACGCAAAUAAAAAAAAACUGAGCAACAAAACGAGCCGUUGCUUUCAAACUCUUUUUCUUCAACAAAACCUUCCUCUUAUUAAAGAUCUAAUACAAACGUUAUGACUCUCGUCAAACCAAAUGGUUUUCAGGAAGUUGGUGUCCUUCGUCUAUAAUCUUAUUGGUCCAAGAGCGCAGCUGCUGAGAUCCAAGGAAGCUCCAUCAUCUUCUUGCCAUGUGAUCAGAUGGGAUGGAAUGCAGCAGGAGGACGAGGAAGGUCCAUCCAUGGCUCCACAACCACAAGGGUCCUGCAGCUUAGGUGAGUUUCUUGAUCAAGUUGAACUUUGCUGUGUGUGCUUGUCCAGAUUAAAGAAGGGGCAGGAUAUACGUGUUCUUCCUUGCCUGCAUGAGUUUCACAGGGUCUGCGUCGACAGGUGGUUCAAUGCAUGCCGGAAAACCUGCCCAGUGUGCCGGUUUUCCAUCGGAGGAGACGACAAUUGUCGUAAACAGGAAGUGCUCACUGAUGAGAUGGUGAUCUGGUUUUCUUCUUUUCAUGCAGCUGGUUUCUAACCUUUAAAUUCUAAUCAAUCUUGCAAAAGAAACAUAUACAAUUUCUUUUUCUUUUUAAAGUAUAAUGUAUAAGACCGAGAUGUUCCACCAAUCAAUCAUCAUAUGCUUCCGAUGAAACAUUCUUGCCUGGACACCCAAAGCAUUUAUCUAGACAAGUGAACUCUAUUAAAACUCUCUCGCGUGUCUGGGGUAUGCAGGGAUUAGGCAAAAUGCAAUUCUUUGCUAGAAUUGCAGCUGAUUUUGAUCCCUAUAUCAUGUAAUAUAUGCAACUUUUUUGUAUUUUUCGAUAGGGGUGAUAUGCAUCUACACAACAUGCUUGUAGAGAGUUUACAAUCGGAGGUCGUCCCACCUACUUUUUAUUGGAU